UCUUUCAGCCUGGGAGUCUUGCUCAUUGUAGGAGGGAGGGAGCUUUUGAAUAUACAGUAAGCAGCAUAAAAUGGAAAUACUCAGCACCUGAGGAAACCUACAGUACUUUGUCACUGGAUGUGAUCUUUAUUGUAAAAGAGCGCGCUACGGUUUUAUUUUGAAAACCACCGGAAGUCUUGUUUCUAUCUUGACCAUUGCGAGCCGCGAGGAGAAACCCCGACUGGUUUCUCUUCACCAGCAGGUUUUAACUUUCUUUUAAAUCUUAUAUCUAUAAUCAACCGGACUCGACACGGAGCCGUUUGGUUCUCACAGCGGACUUGCCAUGAGCGUCACGCGGCCAGAAACCUGAACAGUCGGGUCUGGACGAGGUGAAGAUGCCUCAUGGACCGCUCCAUCAGCACCAGAGCGCCAGUUCAGGGCAUCCCGAACGCCGAAUAACAAAGACAUGCCGAGGUUUAGCGUCAGGUGGAUGGUUGCGCUGGUGCUGAUUGUCGUGGUCGGCGGUGCUUUCAUUUUCUGCGAGUAUCUCAUCUACUUCCCGGCCAUCCUCAAGUGCGCCUGGCCGAAGAUCAGCCAUGCUCGGGGUGGUGAGGGCAUCGACGAUCGGCCAAUGGACUCAGCGGUCCGCGCUAUGGUGCUGUCGGACACCCACCUCCUGGGAGCCGUCGGGGGACACUGGUUCGACAAGCUGAGGAGGGAAUGGCAGAUGGAGAGGGCUUUCCAGACCGCUCUGUGGCUGCUCAGGCCCGAAAUAGUGUUUAUUCUCGGGGAUAUCUUCGACGAAGGCAAGUGGAGCAACCAGAAGCACUGGGAGGACGACGUGCGCCGCUUCCACAGGAUGUUCAGACACUCCACUGACAUAGAAUUGGUCGUACUGGUUGGAAACCAUGACAUCGGUUUCCAUUACGAGAUGGACUGGUUCAAGCUGCAGCGCUUUGAGAAAGUCUUCAACGCCUCCUCGACCAGGAUCGUCACCAGAAAGGGAGUCAAUUUCCUGCUGGUUAACAGUGUGGCCCUGCACGGUGAUGGAUGUCCCAUCUGUCAGUCGGUGGAAAAGGAGCUGACCAAACUUUCCAGAGACCUCAACUGUUCUCGUCAGAACACACAAUCCAGCAGCGGAGGGAUGGAUGGCUGUGAAGGCACGCAUCUCUACCCUCCCGCAGCCCCCAUCAUGUUACAGCACUAUCCUCUGUACAGGGUGAGCGACGCCGGCUGCACAGGCCUGGACGCUGCGCCGCCUGAAGAGCGACACCUUCUGUUCAGAGAGAAGUAUGACGUGUUGUCUAAGGAGGCGUCUCAGAAGCUGCUGCAGUGGUUUAAACCUCGCCUCAUCCUGAGUGGACACACGCACAGCGGAUGCGAGGUUCUCCAUGACAACAAGUACCCAGAAAUCAGCGUGCCGUCAUUCAGCUGGAGGAACAGAAACAACCCCAGCUUCAUCCUGGCGUCAGUAUCACCCAGCAGUUAUGCUCUGUCCAAGUGUUUCAUGCCAGAGGAGAGCACGGUGAUCGGUGUUUACUCCUCGGCCGGCGCCUGCCUGCUGCUGCUGUUCCUGGCUCACUGCCUGUGGAUGAAAGGCCUGCUGCAGUGCCUCAGCCUCUGCCUGCUGGGGAAGCACAAGUCUCUGUGAACUACAUUACCCAGAGUACAGCACGUCCCAGGACAGAGCCAUGGAGUGGAGUUCACUGGAGCUGGAAAAUACAGAGGGUGACAAAUGAAAGGAAAAACAAACAACAAGUGUCUCAGUGAGGUGCUAGGCCACCACGUGCCACCAGAACAG